CAAUUGUGGCUGCCUGCGGCGUUCAAGUCCCGGGGGGAUGCGACCCGGCGAAGAUAGCAAUGUGAGGCUACGGCCAGUGUACGAAGAGAUCUUAUGAGGCUGAAAGGCAGGCAUAACGUCUCGCAUUCAUCUUCACUCUCCUUACUCCUCCGGUUGCCAUCAAGAUGCUCUUUCAUCGUGCUUCAGCAGCGGCUGCUGCUCUGAUCAUUUCCGCUCUUACAAGCCUCGUCGCUGCUCAGUGCUCGGAAGUCUGGACCAACUCUAAAAACGGUUGCACCUUCGACUUCACCAACCCGAAUGCCAUAUUUGCUUAUUACGAGGAAACCUACGAUACUGAUGGUAAUCAGGCUCUUGGUAUAUGUGGACCCGACAACCAAGGCUUCACUGCUGUUUGUGUCUUCUAUUUCGUUGGACAGGCCAACCAAGUUACCGCGACGGGCACCUAUAGCACCAGCUCUUCCCAACCGAGUACGGAUGUGUUUCCUUUCUCAAAUGUACCUGCUACGAGCUUGGUUCCUGGCGCGCCUGUUACCUGUACUAUUCUCCCAAACAUUCCAGCAACGUACAUCCAAGGCUUCAGCCUCGUCGAGACUUUCACCAUUGCUCAGUCCAUCCCGAUACCACCAGUUACCUCGACUACUACAGUGGCGGUACCCACUGUAGCUGUGACGACAACGACCUCGACCUCGACACUCAUCCAGCCUACAGCGACCACGAUCACGCCGGCGACUGUUACCGCUACCACAGCAACCGGAACAAAGACAGUGUUAGCGAAGACGCUGGCCUUGACCACUAGCACGAUCACAAUUACGCAGCCCGUUCGUACCAGUCAGAGGAUUACCAUUGCGACAACGACCACAACCUUAUCCUGCCUGCCAGGGAAAAAGCAGAAGCGCGCAAGCCCGGACGUCCGCCGCGCCCAAGCCCUCCCUCAACACAACCCCAUUUUCGCCCGCCAAGACGCCACAACUACCGAAACCCCAACCUGCAACCAACCAGCCCCAACUACACCCACGAUCACUGCGACCGCUUUCUCUACAGUGACGACAUCGACCUCAACAGAGACCGACGUCGUCUUCACAACCUCCACCUCGACCUCGACUGUUACGUUACCUACGCCCACCUCCUAUCUUAGUGUCGAAGCCACCACGACGCGCACGCUGACGUUCACGCUAUAUACAUGGACUAUAUUACCGGCCAGCACCGUCACUCAGACGAAGACGUUCACGAAUACCAAGACGGUGCUGCCAAAGACGCAUAUCACGGCCUGUGGCGGUCAACCGGCAACGACGACUGCGAGUCCCGGGACGUGCAGUGUUGUGCAAAGCAUGGGUGGCUGUCAGAUCCAGAAUUGUGCGAAGAAGUAAUCAUUUCAAGGAAACUAUGGAUGAAGCAAGACUGUUACAAUGACUGAUGACUUGGGUCUUGUGGGAUGGCGUUGUUGUAAGCCGAAGUGUAGCACCUGUCGCUGUGUUUGUUCUGUUUAUGCUGCUCCAGUGCUUGGUUCUACAUUUCCGUAAAUGAGUUGCAACAUGAAUCCUGCUUCGCUUGCCUUCUUAAACCGAUACCGAGGCUAUGAAAAUGUAAUAAGUAGAGGCUUAACUACCUUUCAGUAAAAGCUACUAACGCUAGGGCUUAGUACUAAAUAGAGAUUAAUAACCACCCUUAGUUAGUGCACUAUCAUGACUUUAGUAUUGAUCCUCGAGGUAGGCGAGGCAGGGUCUCACU